CCUGUCACAGGGGGUUGGGCCGUGGAGCAGCUCGCCCGGCCCGCUGCCGCCGAGUGAGAGUCUUGGGGAGGCCCGAGGCCCGCGCCCCUUCCUCUCGGUCGCGCCUUCGCCGGCCCCGCAGCGGGCGGGGCGAUGCAGCCUCCGGGCCCCCAGCAGCCGCCCCUCUACGCGCCCAGCAACGGGGACUUCACCUUCGUCUCCUCGGCCGAGGCGGAAGAUCUUAGUGGCUCUAUAGCAUCUCCAGAUGUUAAGUUAAAUCUUGGAGGAGGAGGAGAAGGAGGAGGAGGAGAAUUCAUCAAAGAAUCUACUGCAACAACAUUCUUGAGACAGAGAGGAUAUGGCUGGCUUCUGGAAGUAGAAGAUGAUGACCCAGAAGAUAACAAGCCACUUCUGGAGGAACUGGACAUUGAUCUGAAGGAUAUUUACUACAAAAUUCGAUGCGUGUUGAUGCCUAUGCCAUCUCUUGGGUUUAAUAGACAGGUAGUGAGAGAUAACCCUGAUUUUUGGGGCCCUCUGGCAGUUGUCCUCUUCUUCUCAAUGGUUUCAUUAUAUGGACAGUUCAAGGUGGUUUCUUGGAUUAUAACUAUAUGGAUAUUUGGAUCCCUGACAAUUUUUUUAUUGGCCAGGGUUCUUGGAGGAGAAGUUGCAUAUGGGCAAGUUCUUGGUGUGAUAGGAUAUUCUCUACUUCCACUCAUUGUAAUAGCACCUGUCCUCUUGGUGAUUGGAUCAUUUGAAGUUGUAUCUACACUAAUAAAACUGUUUGGAGUCUUUUGGGCUGCAUACAGUGCUGCUUCAUUACUAGUCGGAGAAGAAUUUAAGACUAAGAAGCCCCUUCUGAUUUAUCCAAUCUUUUUAUUAUACAUCUACUUCUUGUCCUUAUACACUGGGGUGUGACCUGAAGUGUUGGAUGUGGCCAGAAACAAUAUUUUAUUCACAUGCAGACUGGUAAAACAUAAGAUUAAGGAGGCUGGAGAAAAUAGGAGUGACUGUUUUGUAUCCAGUUGUUGAAAAGUUUUAAGACCUAAACACACAUUUGUGUAUAUUAUUUAAUUAAGCAAUUAUAGCUAUGUGGAUUUGUAUCAGAGUUCUAGGUUUAAGAUUCUUUAGAUUUUCAUGAAAUAAUAUAAGAACUUUGUGUUUUAUAAGAUUGUGUAGCAAAAAUACAGCUUGAUACCUGUGCCAUAAGCACCAGGACCAAAUUACUAUAUUACAUUGAACGGGAAUAUGAAAAAAUAUUGGUAAUGGUCUCAAAGUGCAAUUUUUCUUUUUAGUUAAACACAGCUGGCUUUUUUGGCACAGCAAAUUCUGUAUAUAUUUAUGAAACAAUCCUGAUGGUUCACAGAAUAGGCUCUAUAAUUGAGACAUGAAGAUAUUAGUAUUUUUAUGUUAGAACCCCAGAUUUAUUUGAUUUGGCUUUUGCGAUUUUAUAAAUUCUAAUUUACUUUGGGGGAAAAAGUGUACAUGUGUAUUUUGUAUCUAUUGCUUGUGUGUAGCAGAUAUACUCCUUGUUUAAGGAUGUACAUUGGGUUUUCAACACUUGAAGACCCAAGCAUUUGAAUUAAAAUUCGCAUUUAUAUCUCUGCCCAACGGAGCAAGACAUAUACUGUGUGACAUUAAUUCAUUAAAUGGCUUAUUUGUGGAAUCAAAUUAUUUCAUAUUUAACAAGAUCUGAAUUUGAAGUCACACAAAACAACUUUCAACUGCAGCAUUGGAGUAAGGUGUGGGAGAAGGAAGAUAAUGUAUCAAAUUUGUGACCUUGAGCAAUGUUUUAAAAUGACAAAAUAAACAGAAUGCUUCCCUAACCUUG